AUGACAUUACUGGCAGUUACCAACGACGGCGCUGAAGUAUACUUCACCGAUGGUUCAGUCGACACCAGCACCCCUCGAGCUGCUGCAGCCUUCAUCUCCCCACACUCAGCUGGCCUCUUCAGACUGACAGACGCCUCCUCUACGCUUCAAGCGGAGCUAGUGGCUAUCUGGAAAGCCCUUGAAGACAGCCAUAAUGGAAACAGGAAUGUAAUCAUACACACUGAUUCUCUGGGAGCCCUACAAGCCCUAAAACACAGAAAGCCCAAAGAUAACGUCAGCCUCACAACAAGAAUUCUUGCCAUAACACGAAACAUCACAGCCCAGGGGAGGACGGUUUCCAUGAACUGGAUCCCCAGCCAUGUUGGAAUGCAAGGGAACGAAGAUGCCGACACAAUGGAAAGCUACUCCAUCUACAUCUACAAGGUGCACAAGCAGGUCCACCCCGACACUGGCGUGUCCUCCAAAAAUAUGUCAAUCAUGAACUCUUUCGUGAACGACAUUUUCGAGCGCAUCGCUGCCGAGACAUCCCGCCUGGCACAUUACAAAAAGCGCUCCACCAUCACCAGCCGGGAGAUCCAGACUGCCGUCCGUCUCCUUCUGCCCGGCGAACUGGCAAAGCACGCCGUCUCUGAGGGCAUCAAGGCUGUCACCAAGUACACCUCCUCCAAGUAA